GUCAAUCUGUGGGGUCAAAUGAGGUCACAGACAAACGCAGCGAGCUGGCCUAGUGGCAUGGGUUGCUCUAAAGGACGUUUCUAGCUACUGGUUGUGGGCUUGGACUCCUUAUUUGUCCCUCUUCUCCUUAGAAAUAGAUCCUGCGGACAGUGAGGUACUGUUUGAACCGCGUUGUUUUAACGACAAGAAGAAUAUAUCCACACGGCAACUGUCAGUUGAAAAGAGGGAGGGGGGCGGUCCCGUGUUGCCAAGAAUUUGGUGUGUUUUUGUCAAGACGUAUCUGUGCCAAGUGUUGAAACCGGACCUCAAGUCUUAAGGAAAGGGACUAGAUAAGGUUCUAGGAGCUUCAUGUCACGGACAAGAUGACACACAACGAGGACAGGACGCACUGGCUGAAGGAGGGGUUGAUAGGACUAGGAGUUGGUGUUCUGUACGGCACCACCAGUGUAACGGUAGGACAUCCCCUGGACACCAUCAAGACUAAGAUGCAGGCCCAGGCAGGCUUCGAGAGGGGCGGAGCCUUCAAGACACUACUCAAGGUCUUACGGACACAAGGAAUCGUUGGCCUUUAUAGGGGCUGUAUCCCCCCACUCUGGGGCUCAGGUAUCUUCAGAUCCACUCAGUUUGCUGUAUUUGAGGCAGUUUACACUUUCAUGGACAACCCCUUUGGGAAAUAUGAACUACCGAUGACUGGAGGUCUACAAGUGAGGGUGUGUGUAGCGGGAGCCUGUGGUUCCACGGCCAGGGCAAUCAUAGAAUGUCCUUUGGAGUUAGCCAAGAUCAGAAGACAAACGGGCCAAUCAUGGCAAUUUUCAGGUAUCUAUAAGGGUUUUGGCGUGACAUGGUGCAGAACAAUGGGACUGAUGUGCACAUACUUUAUCCUGGUGGACAGCACGCGGAGACACUUCCCAGAUGUCUUCAAGAGACCGCUGCUGGGACCCUUCCUAACGUCUGGGGUGGCAGCAACGUUGGCCUGGUGGAUUGUGUGGCCGCUAGAAAACAUGAAGUCUCAAGUACAAGGGAACUAUGGCAAGGAUAUGUCUACAUGGCAGAGGAUAAAGUUCAACAUGAAGGAACGCGGCGGGUUUUGGGGUUUGUAUCGUGGUCUGGGCCCCGGGACUGCCCGGAGUUUUCUUGCCAAUGGUACGAGCAUGAUCGUUAUGGUGAACGCGCAGAAGAAAGUGUCCGAGUGGGGACUCAGAGGUUAAUUUUAAUGAUCACCCAUCGGUUGAUGUAAACCUUGGACCUAAAAGAGGACGAAUGUGGACUGAAGGUGGACUUACUUGAGUCAGAGGGGGAGUUACUCCUGGAGUAAGUCCACCACAUUUUGCCAUGUUUGAGAACUGUUGGUGUUAGUUUUAUUGGACUAUUAUCCAUAGUAAGGCUUUUACACCAAUUUAAACAGUAAGGUUCAAGGUUCAAACAGUAAGUCCAUCUUCAGUCCUCCGAGUGAGUCCAUUUUCAGACCAUUGGACGUAUUGUGAUUAAAAGAGGAAUAUGGUCCAUGGUAUAUCGUUCAUAAGUCCAAGGUUUGUGAUGGCUGAGAGGUUGAUUUUAAUUAUGGUAUGAGGAUUUUGGAUCAUUCUUAUUUAGAAUUAUUGUUAUUGUUUCUACAAUAUAUCAUGGUGAAUUGGACGGACCCCCUACGUAUUACGCCUCGCUACAAACUACGGUUUACUAGAAACAAAUCAAAUGUAUAUGGUUCUAAGUUUUUAUGGAUCAUAGGGUCGUAAGCAUAAUGCCAACAGUUUCAAUUUUAUCUUAAGUUAGUAUUGUUAAACUCAGACUCCAAAUUUAAACCCCAAGAUAUUCAAACUUGAACAAUGUACAACAUGGUACAUUCUGUGUGACAGAAACAUGUCCAGACAACAGAGUUUCUAUGAUUGUCGUACCUUUGACUUUAUUCAGAUCCAAUUUUAGCUAUUACAACAUUAUGUUGCCAGCUAUUCUUCCAGUGGUCUACAUAAAAUACAUUAAUACAUGCACAACAUUACAUACAUAACAUAAUGUAUAGUUGAGACAAGCUGCUGGGAAUGUCUAUCUAAACAAGCUUGAAUAUACAUGUAUAAUCAUGUCAUCAAAAUCUUAAAUUUUAUAUUAUUUAAUUUAAUCAAAGGUGCAAAAUCAUGUAAGACAAAACAGAUAGUAUAAGCUAUCUGAUAUACAAUUAGAUAUAAGCCAACUUACUUUUCCUGAUUUUAUAACUAUUAUUGAAGUGCCUUGUUGAUGAUAGUGCAUUUUUAUUGCUAUUUGAUAAUCUUUUAAAACAAAUUCAGGGACUCACACACUUCUCAGUAUGAAGGAAGAAACAGAAAGAAGAACAGUUAACACCUACACGGCAAGCAAAGUUUGCUUGGUAAAAGUUGUUAAUCACCAAGCAGAGGUUUGGCUCUGGCUUUGUUUUUAGGCGUUUUUUGUCAAGCCUUUUAUUUUGUCCUUUUUUCCUCAUGUCUAAUGGAAAGCCGAACAAAACACCUAAAAACAUAGCCAAAGCCUAAUAUCCACUUGGGGAGAUACAAUCGUAUGUUAAUAGCCCUUCUUCUUACCAACUGCAUGCAGAUGUUAUAGCCAGACAUUGUUUAUUCCUUUUCAUCAUACCUCUAUCUACCCCAAUAGAUCUGCCUAGAGAUUGAUGCAUUUAGCACCAACUGAAGGGUAGUAAGGUUGGAAGGGUCUCUGUUAAUGUUGGUAUAUUGUAUCUAGUAUGUUACCCACAUUUUUAAUAGAAUAAAGAAAAAGAAGACUGUUAGGAGGCG